AACAGGUGUGCCCUUUCCCAGCAACACGACGAUGACGUCAUCAUCGCAAACAGAACACCGCUACAAAACCAGAUGGACACGUGGACGUGGUACAAACAGUUUUUCACUCUGUUCAGGAGUUGUAACGCAAAACUCGUCUUAUGCUGUCCACUUUUGCCCUCGUUCAGCUAUACGCGCUGUAGAAUUAGUCAAUUGUGUUUGCAAUAUGGGAUCUCUGCCGAAAUGGGAAAUAGGAGCUUAUUUUGUCAUCUGGAUUGGCGUUUCUAUUUACGGCAUACUUCGAGUCCUGAUAACAUCUUUGAAUGUUACUCAAAGGGUGAUGGACGGACUGGACCUGGGCACGUGGCCACUGGGUAAAUACAAGGACAAUGGUGAUACAGAGUGGACCCUAUGGAUCCACAUAUUCGGACCACAAGUGCUAAUAGGUCUGAUUGGACACUUCGUUGUUACACGGAUAUGUGAGCUGCCUUUCCUUGGGCUUAUCCAACAUCGGUUCUACGCAUGCGCCGUGUAUACGGCAGCGUUCUUGUACUACGUCAUCGGGCUACAGUUCGUCGCCGUGCUCCUGUUUCACACCGUCAUCAUGUACGUCAUCGCCAGGUCAAGGGUCACUUGGUUCUGUUGGCUGUACGGUUUGAUGGUGUUCGAGGGUUUGACCUUUGAACCAUUCAGAACUUUGCAGCUCGGUGAUCAUCGGAACCAACCCUACUACAUGCCUCACGUAACCUCCGUUACCAUGGUAACAACCAUCAUGCGCCUCAUCAGUCUCGGACUGGACCUCUGUGACAAGGAGGUGGAUAAACAGAAUGAGGGAGAGAGGAAGAAGAGAGAGAAAGAUGGCCAGAGGGAGGAGUCCUCUAUCUUUGAGUCUCUAACUUACAUUUUCUACCUGCCAACCUUCUUCUUAGGCCCGCUGAUGACAUCUGAAGACUUUAAACAACAAACACGUCAGAAUCCACGGGCAUGCGGGGUAGCGGACUUGUGGGGCUUCCUGGUUUCCUGUGCGCGCUAUGCAUGCUGGGGACUUCUCCUGGAGUUCAUUUACCAUCACUUCUUUAUCCACAUGCUCCAGAGAACUUUCUUCCUCUUCCAGUCACUGGACAUGUGGACACUGGGAGCUAUAGGAUUCCUGCAAUGCCAGUGUUUCCAGCUGAAGUACACGGUUCUGUACGGGGUGGCCGGCACGUUCGCCCGAGCAGACGGCAUCGUCACCCCGGCGACCCCUAAAGUCAUCGCCGUGAUCUACGCGUUUGGUGACAUGUGGAAGAAUUUUGACAAAGGCCUCCACAAAUGGAUGUUGAGGCAUGUCUACAUUCCCCUCGGCGGGUCCCAACGCGGCCUGCCCCGCCAGGUUCUCAGCUCCUUUGCGCCCUUCCUGGUCCUCACCGUCCGCGGUGGAGGGGACCUCUCCAUCAUCGUGUGGGCCGGCGCCAACUGGAUCGGUGUCGUUCUCGAAACUCUCGCGAGAACAGCAGCGAGAACUCCAUACCUACAGAGGCUGAAGACAAAGUAUGCGCCAUCAGAUGCAUCAGAACGUCGCCUGGUGGCGCUCUUCCACGGCUGUCUGCUGGCCCCAGCAUUUAUCAGCAUGCUCGUCUUCCUUGGAGGCAUCAACGUGGGAAGGAUCUACGCCUUAAAGACAUAUGUCAUCGGCUUUCCAUUGGCUACACUGGUCACCACCUUCUUCAUGUACUGUCGAGUCCAAGGCAUCAUGGAACUGGAGGGCUGGGAAAAAGUCGAUUCUGAAAAGAAUGUCGAGCCAAAAACACGCAAAAAGGAAUAG